GCGCGGAAAACGCGGAUCAAUACCGAGCGAUUACUGAACGAGCGCAGCGCCUCUUCCUAUCGCCGAAGACGCGUGGCGGAACUCGAGGAUCGUACGCACCGACGUUCACCUUCGCGAUCUCUCCUCAAUUCCUUUCGGUGAACUUUUCGGUAGUUCUUGAUACACUUGCUCGAAAUCAUGUACUGGAACUGGAUCCCGUUUCUGGCGCUGGCAGUUGCUGCCCACGCCGUGUAUUUGCCUCCCCUAAUAGAGGACGAGCAGCUUCUAACCGACACUCUUCGCGAUUUGUUGAACCAAAUGGGAAACGACCUUGCGGACGCCGCUGACUCGUACCUGGAGUACCAGGACAAACCUAAAGAAAUUCCCGUCGAGUUACCCGCUGAUUACGACGGCAUGGACACCUUGAACCCUAAUCCCAGCAUCCGCGAUCAGGAGUAUCUGCAACACAGCACGCUGUGGGGUCACCAGCGUUUUAACAAUAACGAGUCGAACGAAAGGCAAAAAAUCAAGCCUGGAACCGUCAAGUUCAUCAAAGACGAGAAAGCUGAGAACGCUUUGCCUGCGUACUGCACGCCCCCGAAUCCUUGUCCGGUUGGUUACACGAGUGAAAACAACUGUAUCGAGAAUUUCGAGAACACGGCAACGUUCAGUCGCGACUAUCAGAACGCGCAAGAUUGCAUGUGCGACAAAGAGCACAUGUUUGAUUGUUCCGUUGAUUCCUCUAACAGCAACAGUCUGGCAAGCAUGCAUAUACCGAGCACCAACUUCAAUCGAAUCAUUGAUCAAUUCCAAGCGGUAGGAUGUGACACGGAUGAUUACUUUACUUUAACGAGAACUUCCAUUUUAUUAAUUCGGUGUCUGUUUCAGGAGGACAACCCCUUCUUCCGCGGUGAAAAGUUGCCAAUCGCCGCGAAGAAAGGUAUAAACGUCAUCUACUAAAACUUUCGGCAUAUCUUAGAAGACGGAAUUUUUUGAAAUACGAACCAAGAAUAUUACAUUAAAAUAUUUCAAGUUAUAUCGAUCGAUACCCCCAAUCCACCACACGUGCGAUCUGGUAAAAAUCUAAUGGAUUGAAGAAAUUUUACAUAUUCCAAAAAUCUGGUGCUAAUUAAGAUUAUUCGAGUAUUUUGAUAUCAUACGAUUACCGCUGGUACAGAGUGAUAACAUUGAGCCGAUGUAUAUGUAUAUCCAUCGAACGAUAUCUUGUGACGUAUGCAUGUAUUAUGUUUUUGAAACCAAUAUAUGUCUGUUACCGGAAGUUAAUUCUUGAAAUUAUACGAAUUACAAUUAUAGAAAAUUUAUCACUGUUUUAUGGAAUGAUAUAUAUUAAUAUUGAGACGAUGUUAAAUAUUUUAACUGUAAAAAUAUGCUUCCGUAAUAUGUAACGCAUUUGAAUUGUAUUUUUACUCUCGUACAGCAAUAUAACGGGGACUACUAGUUUUAUUAUUUACAGGAUUCAAAAAAAUAUAUAUUUUUUGAAACAAUA